GCUGAGACUUGAAGUUCUUGAUGUUGUGUGCCUCAUCCAGGAUCAGGAAGAACCAGCGCUUCCGCUUGAAGGCGGCCGCAUCCUGCACCACCAGCUGGUAGGAGGUGAUGACCACGUGGAAGGCCCCGG